CCAAAAAUGCAGCUACUUUAGGGAAUUUCAGCUGUUACACCACCCCUCACAGACAGACCAAUUCUCUCCAAUCUCCAACUAUAUCCCAAGCUUUUACCUUUUCGACCCUUCUCAGUUUGCCUCCUGACUACGGGCUUACAUACCGUUCGAGGCCUAGGAGAGAGGCAAGCUAGUCCUCAUUGGAUAGUCUUCUUCUCCUUUUCAACCGGUUCGGAAAAGGAGUGAUUGUACUCACUGCCCCACCAACGGCUCCGCCUCGUUCGUCCUACGUCUAGCUACAUCUAGCUACGAGAUUGGCUAUUUCAUAGGAUCCUCAAGUCUAGAGCCUCUCAAGUACAAGUAGGGCAUAUCACCGCUUGUGAAAUCGUGCGCGUAAACGCAGCAGCAGCAGCAGCGAAAACAGGAGCUUCAACCCUUGUUGCCCUAUAUAUCUCAAGCCUCACCAAUCUACCGUCUUCAUGGCAAGCGACAAGGACCCCAUUACCUGCCAUGUCUUGGACACCUCUAUAGGCAAGCCAGCAAAAGGCAUCCGUGUGAAGCUAGAAGGCGGCCAUGCUCCGCUCAAGACUUUCGAAUCACAGGCCGACGACGACGGCCGCAUCAAGGCUUGGCUCCCGUACUCUAGUGCCCUGGCUUCUGGAGAUGUUCCAACCUUCUCUAUAGAUGACGUUCUAAGCGAGGUUGAUAGCAAGUCAACAUGGACUCUCCGCUUCGACACCGGAAGCUAUUUCGGCGAGGGAAACACUUUCUUCCCUGAAGUCCUAGUCUCGUUCACUGUCGAGAAGGGUCAACACUACCACGUCCCUCUACUGCUAUCCCCCUAUAGCUAUACGACAUACCGGGGAAGCUAAGCAACCUGUUAAGAGGUUUGGAAGCCAGGUCAUGCUGGAUGACAGGAGUAUCUAUCCACAUCCACAACACAAUGCGAUUAUGGCGUCAACUCGGCUUUGGUCGGAUAGGGGCGGCUUUAUUUAGGCCUCAAUAAUGGCCUUAGGAUAUCAUCGACGGCAGCCAAGAUUUACUUCAACCGUAAAACCUCUUAUUUGAUACCAUGUUGGUGGGCGACAACUCAGCAAGGGGACAGGACCUUCGUUAGGAUCUUAUUCUAUUCUAACUACCGAAAUAAAAUUGAAAACGCAAUUACUAUCUGUAUACAAU